CAAAGCAAUUCAGCUUUGGCUCUAUACUGUAACAGUGAUUCAUUCAGUGGGUCCAUUGUUUGAAAUUUAAAUUGCCUGAAAAAUCCGAAAUCAUCGGCCAUCCGCACCACUCAAUUUUGUUAAUUUCCAAAGUUUUUCACAUCAAUAAGGAACGAUGGCUCCAAAAGGUGGUUUAGUUAAAGUAAAACCCGUCAGUCAAGCCUACAAAGACAAAAGCAAACCGGCUGAUGUCCGUAGCAGCAACAUUAGCGCAGCAAAAGCUGUUUCGGAUGCCAUCCGUACAAGUUUGGGUCCCCGUGGCAUGGAUAAAAUGAUCCAAGCUGGAAAUGGUGAAGUCACAAUUACCAACGAUGGUGCCACAAUUUUGAAGCAAAUGAAUGUCAUUCACCCGGCCGCAAAAAUGUUGGUUGAAUUGUCACGUGCACAAGAUGUCGAAGCUGGUGAUGGUACCACAUCGGUUGUCGUUGUAGCCGGUGCAUUGCUUGAGGCUGCCGAUCGUUUGCUACAAAAAGGAAUUCACCCAACAGCCAUCUCAGAUUCCUUCCAGCGUUGCAGCACCAAAGCGGUUGAAAUUCUGACAGCAAUGUCAAAACCAAUCGAACUAACCGACCGCGAGACUUUGAUUAAGAGUGCAUCCACAUCACUUAAUUCAAAAGUUGUGUCACAACAAAGCAGUACAUUGGCACCAUUGGCCGUUGAUGCAGUAUUAAAAGUCACUGAACCCGGCCAAGAAGACCGUGUCGAUUUGAAAAACAUCAAAGUUAUCCGAAGUUUGGGCGGAACCACCGAAGACACUGAAUUAAUUGAAGGUUUGGUCUUCACCGAACGAACGGCUAAUGUAAGUGGACCAAAACGUUUGGAAAAGGUUAAAAUUGGUUUGAUUCAAUUCUGUAUUUCGCCACCAAAAACCGACAUGGAUCACAAUGUCAUCGUAUCCGACUAUGCGGCUAUGGACCGUGUAUUGAAAGAAGAACGUGCCUACAUCUUGAACAUUGUUAAACAAAUCAAAAAGGCUGGCUGCAACGUUCUCUUAGUUCAAAAAUCGAUUUUGCGCGACGCAGUCUCCGAUUUGGCCAUUCACUUUUUGGACAAAAUCAAGGUUAUGGUUGUCAAAGAUAUCGAGCGUGAAGACAUUGAAUUCGUUUGCAAAACACUUGGAUGUCGACCAAUCGCUUCGCUCGAUCACUUUGUGGCCGAGAAUCUUGUGUCAGCCGAUUUGGCCGAAGAAGUAGCCAGUGGAACAAAUAAAUUCGUCAAAGUUACUGGCAUUCAAAAUCAAGGACGCACCGUUUCCGUCAUUGUACGUGGUUCAAAUAAAUUGGUGUUGGAAGAAGCAGAACGAUCAAUUCACGAUGCGUUGUGCGUCGUUAGAUGUUUGGUGAAGAAGAAGGCUAUGAUUGCUGGCGGUGGUGCACCUGAAAUUGAAUUAGCUUUACAAUUGGCAGCACAUUCGAAUACAUUGGAAGGUGUUGAUGCAUACUGUUUCCGUGCAUAUGCCGAAGCUUUGGAAGUGAUUCCAUCAACCUUGGCCGAAAAUGCUGGUCUCAAUCCAAUUACCACCGUAACGGAAUUGAGAAGUCGUCAUGCUCAAGGUGAAAUCAAUACGGGCAUCAAUGUUCGCAAAGGAGCCAUCACCGAUAUACUCGCCGAAAACGUUGUACAACCACUACUAGUUUCAGUGUCAGCGAUUACAUUAGCAACCGAAACGGUUCGUUCAAUUUUGAAAAUUGAUGACAUCGUGAACACAAUCCAGUAGACGAACACAAACAUCCUGAUAAUGUCAUAAUAGUUCAUCUCAGUUUCUCAGUUUUACCAGCACUACAUUUAACUUACAUUUGUAUUUCGGUCAAUUUUCGGUUCGAAUCGACUCUAUUCACUCACUUAUCAAAUUCUGUAACAGCAUUAGUGUUAAUAUUUUUAAUUGCAAACAAAUAAAAUUUUGCUUAUUAACCACA